CGACCGCCUGCGUUUCUCGGUUUGUUUACAUGCGAGAGGAACGGGUCGUAGGGACGUUCUCUCUGUUGAAGGUGGAUGGAUUGGAGUGAUGCUGUCCGAGCAUUCAUCUUGGAAGGCAUGGUGCACCUUGCCUGGGUUCGCAUUAAGGAGAAGAUUGCCAAGAAAGUCUGCCAGAUUAUCAGGCAGAAGAUUGGCGUGAAUGUCCCGCCCUCCAUCCACGAUUUGGAGGUAGUCCAUCACAGUCCGCAUUAUAUUAUCAUCAAUAAAAGAUAUGACAUUCUCAUCAAUAGUAACUCAGCAGCUGAUGAGGUGACUGUACAGACACAGCUCAGACGUAAAUUCCCAGACCUUGUCAACCCCAAGCUUGGACAUGAGUUCAUGUUUGCACACAGGCUCGAUUUUGCAACCAGUGGGCUCAUGUGCAUCUCGGUCCACAAGAAGGCUGCUGGAGCUGUGACCAGGUGUUUUGUUCACAAGCGGGUCGAUAAAUAUUAUUUGGCACUCGUACGUGGACAUGUAUCGAAGGAGAUGCUUGAUAUUUACCUCCCUAUAGGGGAUGACCUUCGACCAGAAUGGAGAGAUGUGAAGAUGGCGACUCCUCUCAGUCGCCAUGUUGGUCGCUGCAAACCAGCCCACACUCGCCUCCUAGUGCUGCAGAAGGGCCUUUAUGAUGAUUAUCCCGCCACAAAGCUCCUUCUGAAGCCCAUCACCGGCCGACGGCACCAGCUCAGGGUCCACUUAUCAGAGUCAGGGCACACUAUAGUGGGAGAUUUCACGUACUCCAACCGUCGUGAUCUUUCUCCCUAUAGGAUGUUCCUGCAUGCAGUACGCCUGGCCUUUCCCUCUGAAUACGAGCAAGUAGACGUUCGCACCAAUGACCCUUUCACAGAGGAUGAUAGGAGGAACAAGUGGAUCCCAGUGGAAACUCUGAAUGAACUCACCGAUGAUGCGUACUUAAAGCUCAAAAUGGGGAAGAAGUGGUAUAAGAGAUGAUGUGCUUUAAGUGCUGUAAAUGCGUUUUUCUCCCAUCAUUUUUUUUUUUUUUUUGCGUGAAUGGUAUUCUAUUUAUAUCUUGUCAGGUGAGAGAGAACGAGAGAAAAAAAAAAUUUAUAAUAAAAAUAUUUUGUUAGUAUCUGGUGGUGCUGUAAUAAGUCAUGCAAGGUCUCCAUCAUAUCAAGUAUUAGAGAUUGAGCUGUGAAACAAUUUUUAUACAUGUACAUAUUUGCUGUAUGUAUAUAAAAUCAAUCCUAAUGUGUCUAAUGUGAUAAAAAAAAGACUUCCACUGUUGUGUUGUAACCCAAACAACGAGACAAUCAACCUGAAUCAAAUACUACAGAAGUUGUUGUGAUGCAUAAAAAUGAAUGAAUAAGUGUGAAUUAUAAGGUUGUGAUACAUUGUAGGAAUUUCAUGAAAGUACAGGAAAAAAAAAAAAAAAUCCAGCCUUUUA